AACGCAAUCCGAAUUAUUACUACAUCGUCUUCUCCUUUUGUCACUAACCACUUCUGCUUCUUCACUUUCCAAUAUUUUUUUAUUUUUGUCUUCUUCCUUCUUCUCUAAGAUUAGUCUUUUUCUUCUUCUUCAUUUAUUGCUCAGUGCUUAGCUUUGUUUUCUUCUAGGGAGACUUUUAUUUCUGUAACUGACAAACUUUUCUUGGGAACUUGGUUUUAUUAUGAUCAAGUGAGUGGCUUUGGCUUUGUCAUUCUCUCCCUUUGUGUGAUUGGACUUGAUUCUAAAGCUCUGCUUUUUCUCGAGAAAAAUUCAGCUUUUAUUUAGAGUUGAACCGACAAUUCUUCCUUUCGGAAGCAACCCACUUGAGUUUUCAUCCUCUGUGGAUAAAUAUUAAUACAAGAGGCGAUACUUCUUUGCUUUCACGAGGUUCUCUCGUUCAUGGGAAGUUUCUGAAGGUUUAGAAUUUUUACAGAGAAAGUUUUGAAUAGCUUGAAGACGUUUAAAGUUUGAAGCUUUUUCAGAUUUCUGCUGUUUCAAGGAUGCUACAGCCAAUGUCAAUAAUGGAGUUUAUAAUUCUAGCCUAGUGGAUUCUUAAAUUACCAUCUUGUCCCUCAGUUUUUACAAAAUGACUAGAAACUUAGCGCUAUCCUUGCAAGUCUCGACAGUAUUGUGCUUCAUUGCUUGUAUUUUCCCACCAUCAGUGUCAGUGAGUGUUGAAACACAAGCACUUCUUCAGUUCAAAAACCAGCUAAUAGAUCCCUUGGGGGUUUUGGAUUCAUGGAAAGAUUCUGCACAUUCUCCAUGCCAAUUCUGGGGAAUUACUUGUGAUUCAGUUACUGGGAAAGUCACAGAAAUUUCACUUGAUGACAAGUCUUUAUCUGGUGAGGUUUCGCCUUCCAUUUCGGUACUUGAUAGCCUUACCAAUCUUUCGUUGCCUUCAAAUUCCAUUUCUGGGAAGCUUCCUUCAGAACUAAGCAAUUGUAGCAAUCUCAAAGUGUUGAAUGUGACGGCAAAUCAUAUGGCUGGAGACCUCCCAGACCUUUCCAUAUUGAAAAACUUGCAAAUUUUAGAUUUAUCGAAUAACAGCUUUACAGGUAGAUUCCCUAGUUGGGUGGCUAAAUUAACAGGACUGGUUUCACUUGUUGUUGGUUCAAAUAAAUAUGUUGAGGGUGAAAUUCCAGCUAGCAUUGGGAACUUGAAGAACUUGACAUUGCUCUAUUUGGCUGACUGCAAUUUGAAGGGUGAAAUCCCAGAAUCUAUUUUUGAACUGAAGGAAUUAGACACCUUUGAUAUAUCUAAAAAUGCAAUUUCUGGGCCUCUCUCAAGAUCAAUUUCUAAUUUCCGGAAACUUACGAAGAUUGAGGCAUAUAGGAACAAUUUGACUGGGAACAUCCCUCGGGAACUUGCUGAGCUCACUCUUUUGCAAGAAAUUGAUAUAUCUGAUAACCAGAUGUCUGGGGAAUUGCCUGAAGGGAUUGGAAAUCUGAAGAACCUAACAGUUUUUCAAUGCUAUAACAACAAAUUUUCUGGAAAAUUGCCCUCUGGAUUUGGGGAUAUGCAACAUCUUAUUGGUUUCUCAAUUUAUGAAAACAGUUUCUCUGGGGAAUUCCCUGCAAAUUUCGGUCGAUAUUCACCACUCGACAGUAUUGACAUAUCUGAAAAUUUUUUUUCAGGUAGUUUUCCCAAGUUUUUAUGUGAAGCAAGGAAAUUGCAUGCCUUGCUUGUCCUGAACAAUAAUUUUUCAGGAGAGGUCCCAGAUUCCUAUGAUGAGUGCAAAACUCUUCAGAGGUUGCGAAUUAAUAAGAAUCGGUUGUCUGGGAAGGUUCCUGAUGGUCUUUGGGCACUGCCAAAAGCAGAAAUAAUCGAUUUUGGUGACAAUGACUUUAUUGGAGGGAUUUCCCCAAAUAUUCAAUUUUCCACUAGCUUGAAAAAUUUGGCUCUGCAAAAUAAUAGCUUCUCAGGGGAGCUUCCUUCAGGACUUGGAAAGUUAUCAAACUUGCAGAGACUUGUCUUGAAUAUGAAUAAUUUCUCUGGUGAAAUACCUUCUGAAAUCGGUACUUUAAAGCAGUUAUCAUCCUUGCAUUUGGAAGAUAAUUCAUUAACAGGAUCAAUACCAAUGGAACUGGGCUACUGUACUAAACUGGUGGACUUGAAUCUUGCUCGGAAUCUAUUGAGUGGUAACAUUCCACAUACAUUUUCACAACUGACCUCUUUGAACGCCCUGAAUCUUUCUGAAAAUAGACUCACGGGUUUUAUCCCAGAUUCAUUUAGGAAACUGAAGCUAAGUUCUGUUGAUUUGUCGGAGAACCAAUUGUCAGGAAGCGUUCCUUUAUAUCUUUUAAGGAUGGGUGGAGACGAAGCGUUUAUUGGUAACAAAGGAUUCUGCGUGGACCAAGGUACUAAAACCCUUAUGAAUUCAAGUCUGGAUGUUUGCCCUGGAAAGCAAAGUCAGAAAAAGUUUAAAAAUACAUGGGUCCUCUUCUGUGUCAUAGCAGCUGCCUUGGUUGUUGUUCUAGCUGGAUUACUGCUUGUGAGUUAUAAAAACUUCAUGCUUGAAGCUGAUAUGCAAAAUGAUUUGGAUGAGGUGAAACAUAUAGAUCCAAAAUGGGAACUUGCCUCUUUCCACCAAAUGGAUAUUGAUGCUGAUGAAAUAUGUAACGUGGAUGAAGAAAAUCUAAUUGGCAUUGGUGGCACGGGAAAAGUUUAUCGCCUGGAUUUGAAGAAAAAUCGUGGUACAGUUGCUGUUAAACAACUAUGGAAAAGUGAUGCUGUGAAGCUUUUCGCAGCAGAAAUGGCGAUCUUGGGCAAGAUCAGGCACAGAAAUAUACUGAAACUUUAUGCUUGUCUACUGAAAGGAGGAUCGAAUUAUCUGGUGUUUGAGUACAUGGCCAAUGGUAAUCUGUUUGAAGCCCUUCACAAAAAGGUAAAAGGUGGGCAACUAGGACUUAAUUGGUGUCGGAGGUACAAAAUUGCUCUAGGAGCUGCUAAGGGAAUUGCAUAUCUGCACCAUGAUUGCUCUCCUCCUAUCAUUCACAGAGAUAUAAAAUCAAGCAACAUUUUACUUGAUGAAGAUCACGAGCCAAAAAUUGCUGAUUUUGGGGUUGCAAAAAUUGCAGACAAGUCUCAAAAAGGUUUUGAAUAUAGCUGCUUUGCCGGAACAAUUGGUUACAUUGCACCCGAGAUGGUAUAUACUUUAAAAGUCACCGAGAAGAGCGAUGUAUAUAGUUUUGGUGUGGUGCUACUGGAGUUGGUUACUGGAAGAAGAGCAUUGGAGGAAGAGUAUGGAGAUGGAAAAGAUAUAGUUGACUGGGUUUCAACUCAUCUCUAUAACCGUGAAAACAUCCUCAAGCUUCUCGACGAUGAAGUUGCAUCUGUAACCAUCCAAGAGAACAUGAUUGAUGUCUUGAUGAUUGGUGUUCUAUGCACCAACAAGCUCCCAGGUCUUCGCCCAUCCAUGAGAGAAGUUGUCAAAAUGCUUGUCAACGCUGAUCCUUGCAUUUACAGGUCUCCAGAUGGUGGCUCAGACAAAUCUGGGAAAAUCAUUCUGUAGUUAAAGGUCUGGUAGUGGUAGCUAAUAGCUUAUCUUUAAAUGUUAUAAAUUCUCUUUCAAUUAUUAGUUUCUUCUACAUUUUGCCAGAAAAAUUGUUGAUAUUUAAUACUUCUGCUUCUUACUUAUGAAGCUUUCUCUGUAUCAUUGAGUGGAUUCGAAGUUGUGAUAUAAAUAUAUAUUAAAAAUGUGAUGUUUGCUAUUGUAAAA